UCAUCUGGUUGGUUAGACAGAGAAGGAAGCAAGCAGCACAGAGAUAAGGGCAGAGAGAGAGAGAGAGAGAGAAGCUGUGAGCUCGUUGCCGCAAGUCUGCAACUGCGAGGAGAGGAGGAGGAGCAAUAAAUAGAAAAUUAAUGGUCGGAUCGAGCUAGCGGCUCAUGGCGGCGUUUGCAGGCGGCGCCCUAGAAUUCCUCCCCUCCCGCUGCUGCUGCUGCACCCACUCCCACCUCUUCUUCUUCCUCCUCCUCUUCUUCUUUAUAUAGCCCAUCCACCUCUCCUCCUCACCACCUCAAAAAGGCACCACCACCAUCACCACCACUAGUGCUACCUAAGCUAACCCAAGAACCUCUCUUCCUCCUCCUAACCCUUGUUACUUAGACCCCGAGUCCCCGAUUAGGAGAGGAGGAAGAAGAAGGAGUGGAAAUCUCUCUACAAAAAGAGGAGAAUUCUAGCUAGAGGGGAUAAUAAUUAAAGGGGAGAUCGAAGAAGAAGAAGAAGAAGAGCAGGAGCUAGCUGGUGUUGCACUCGAGGUUUCUGGAUGGGCGGCGCAUGGCGGGAUUCUCUCUGAGGGGAGGAGGAGGCGGAGGCGGAGGAGGAGGGGGCGGCGGCAGUGGGGGGAGGGGAGGCGAACGCGGCGAUCAUCACGCCAUAGGGGCCGACAGCCUGUUCCUGUACGCGCGCGGCGCGGCCGCCGCGGCCGCCGACACGGCGGGCAGCGGCGGCGGGGGUGGGGGGAUAGGGUUCCAGCUAUGGCACCCGCACCAGCAGGCGGCGGCGGCGGCCGCGGCCGCGCCGCACACGUCGCAGUUCUUCUCGUCCGGCGUGGCCACCGGCGUCGUGCUGGGCUUCUCGUCGCAUGACGGCGGCGGCGGGAUGGGCGGCCCCGGCGGAGGCGGCGGCGCCGGUGGCGGCAGGGCGGGCACCAGCUGCCAGGACUGCGGGAACAACGCCAAGAAGGACUGCUCCCACCUCCGGUGCCGCACCUGCUGCCGGAGCCGCGGCUUCAGCUGCCCCACCCACGUCAAGAGCACCUGGGUCCCCGCCGCCAAGCGCCGGGAGCGCCAGCAGCAGCUCGCCGCGCUCUUCCGCGGCGCCGCCGCCAACAACAGCGCCAGCGCCGCAGCGGCCGCGGCCGCCGCGGCUGCCAGCAAGCGCCCCCGCGAGCUCGUCCGCUCCCUCGGCCGCUUGCCCUCCGCCAACACCGGCAUGGUCACCACCACCUCCUCAGGCGAGGGAGACGGGAGGUUCCCACCGGAGCUGAGCGUGGAGGCGGUGUUCCGAUGCGUUCGGAUCGGGCCGGUGGACGAGCCGGACGCGGAGUUCGCGUACCAGACGGCGGUGAGCAUCGGCGGGCACACGUUCAAGGGGAUCCUCCGUGACCACGGGCCGACGGACGAGGCGGCGGGGCAACUGCCGCCGUCGUCGGCGGAGUACCACCAGCUGACGGGUCAGGGGAGGGAAGAAUCGUCGCCGGCGGGGAGCAGCGAGGCGGUCGGCGGGCACGGGGCGGCGACGGCGGUGACGUCGGCGGCGGUGCUGAUGGACCCCUACCCGACGCCGAUCGGCGCCUUCGCUGCAGGCACCCAGUUCUUCCCUCAUAACCCUAGAACCUAGCAAGCUAUCUAUCUAGCUAGCUACUUCUUCCAUGAUCAUCACAUCAAUUGCUAGUUUCAUUUGCAUUAUCUCAACGAAGACGAUGAGCUCCGAUUCUCAUCUGCGUCUCCAGCCACCAUGAUCGAGCAACCAAACAAGAACAACAACAAGAAGACGACGAUUAAGAGAUUAAUUAUCAAUUUGUUAUUUCAGCCGAUGAAUUGAAGAAACACUAAUGCAUCGAGUUCGAGCAUGCCAUUAGCUAGAGCUAGCUAGUACUGCUGCUGCUGCUGCUGCUUGUCGAUGAGCUUAUUAAUUCCGAGUUUUAUUAAUUAAUGACUUAAUUUAAUGCAAUGCAAAGAGAGCAAAAAAAAAAAAAACAAGAACUAAGUGUAGCUUCCUUUAAUUCCUCUCCAAUGAUGAUACUAUCGAACUUGUUCUAAUUUAAUUCACUUUCUCCCUUGAUUAA